UCCUAGUUGAGAUUCUGCAUUGACAUUAUACUUCACGCCUGAUGUGCAGGUGUCGUACCGGUCGUAUUGUGGAUAACGCAGUUCAAUACAUUUGUUUUGAGCACGCCGGUGAUUGAAGCCUUUUCAUUGGACAGGUAAUGUUAAAAAGGGGCGUGAAGAAGUUUGCUGCUAGCUGCUAGCUCCUGUGUGAUCAUCUGCUAUCUGGUUCAUUCUUGGCGGCACCCUGCAUAGACGAAAAUCCAGUGUUCUUGGGCGUUCAUUUUUGUACAAGUGGCAUGGUUUAGUGAAGCUUCAACUGCGGUUGUAGCUACCAGACUUAUGGACAGGAGAGUGAAGUGAAGCGGUCACUGUGGGGCCUCUCUGUGGACAUGGGAUUGUGGAUACUGGUGCUAACUCAGGCCUGGUAGCUGAUGGCUGGAUCAAGGAGCUAGCAGUAACAACACUAGCUUAUACUAGUUUGCUAAAAGGUGUUUAUGUUGUGAGAUCACUUGUGAGUUUCACUGUACCCGCGUUGGGCUUUAGGUGAACAUUGAUUUUGCCCUCAGAGAAAGCUGCUGAUAUGUUUGGCUAAUUGAACUUGCUAACAUGUAGUCACAGCACCGACAGACUAACGGGCCAGCAGCUCACAGUCACCGGGCAUUGUGUGGUGUGUAGCCAUGCUGUGCUAACUAUCAUCAAGAAAGUUGCUUAUAGGCCACUGCGUUACAUGAAGUGUUAUUACAGGCCGAUUUGGGUCAAUCAAGUAGUUGUUGAUAUGAGAAGUAAGGAAAACAAGAGUUGUGAUUAAAAGCCGUCGUUAUCCGGAGUUACAGGUCCAGGGCCUUCAUUGAGUUUACCUCUCGGCGUUAGCUUGGCUGUUUCAUACCAGCUCAGUCUCUGGAUUCAUUUAAAACAUGUAAAGUGUUCAAAGUUUGAGGAGCAACAAUGUACCACCACUGAGCUGGUAAGCCAUUCUAAGUUUAUGACUUGGCGGGAGGCAGUGUAAGCUAAUAAAAUGAACCAUUCAGGAGUCAUGCCCCAAGAAAAGAUGGAGCUGGAUCUGGAAAUCCCAUCUUCUCUGAUUCAGAGCGAUGGACACUUGAGGAGAUCUAACAGCGCACCCAUGAUAAAUGGAUUAAGUGAUAACUCUCAAGUUUUCCAGAGAGAGGUCCUGCGCAGCAGAAGGAACAGCACUACAGUUGUCAACAGACCCAACAUGGUUCCUUCAUCACCCAUUCGGGUGCCCAGCACCAGGCUCCAUCAGAUAAAACAAGAGGAGGGUGUAGAUGUGAUGAACAGAGAAACUGCUCAUGAGCGGGAAGUUCAAGCUGCCAUGCAAAUGAGCCAGUCCUGGGAAGAAAGCCUUAGUCUGAGUGACAAUGAUUUGGAAAAAUCAGCAUCAUCAUCUCCAAAGCGAAUCGACUUCGUGCCGGUGUCACCUGCUCCAUCUCCAACCAGAGGGAUAGGAAAAAAGCAGUGUUUCUCUCCUUCACUACAAAUCCUCGUGAGCAGCAAUGGCCUCACACCAAGCCCAAUUCCCAGCCCAACACGCCGCUUCAGCCGACGGAGUCAAAGCCCAAUCAACUGCAUCAGAGCCAGCAUACUGGGGCCAAUGAAACGCAAAGGGGAAAUGGAAACUGAGAGUCAACCUAAGAGGCUCUUCCAGGGUACGACCACCAUGCUGUCCUCUGAUGUCUCUAACCUGUCAGAGCUUGGUUCCUGUCACUCUCCAGAUUUAUUGGAUGGCAGCCUGAGCAGUGUUGGCUCCUCCACAGACUCACCAGGCAAAAUGGAGGGAGUAUCGCCCUCCUCGUCCAGCAACUCUCCCUUUGCUUCCCUGCAGGAUCUGUCCCCAAAGUGAGCACAGGAUAGCAAGAGACACAUUAAAGGACAGACACCAUACAGGCUCUCUCCAGGGAACAUGUUUCCUCUCCAGACCCUCCAUCAUCACCAAGAUUUGGUUUAAGUGGAAUUUUCCGUGUUUGUUUCUGGGCAGAUGCACAUGGCUACAUUUUAGAGGGGCGAUGUUUGAAUGAAGGAAAUGAAAGCCAUGGAGGAGUUAUUGUGCGUUAGAGUAAAGCCAAGUAAAACAACACAUGACUGAAGAUGCUAAGAGUACCACAUGAUUUUCAUAGUGAAAACAUGUUCACAAGUGGUGAAGCUGCAACUCUGGCCAACCAGUUCCUGUCACUGAUGAGAGACCAUUGAGCACUGGACAUAUAAAGAGACUAUUGGAUGUGUACUUUUCUUUGUUUUGUGCUGGAAACUUCUGUCCACAGCCCUCUGUGUGUACAAAUUUUGUAAGAAGAGAUGUAACUUAUUGUUUUCUGUUUUUGUUAAUUAUGUACAUAGUUACCUUGUCAAAUGUCGUACAUAGUUUUUGAGUUUAUGGGCUGUGAGGUUAGUGUGGAUAGAGGUCUUCACCAGCAGAGGUUUUUGUUGUAAAGGAGCUGUGGUCUAUAACUAUGGAGAUUUCCUUACUGCUUUAUUGUAAGUUUUUUUCAGCAGAUAUUAACCAUAGAGGCUGUGAACUGUGGUGUUUUAUCCAGUUUGGCUUUUAUGCCCCCCUUCCCCAUGACUUGCUGCAAAUUUAAUUGCUAAGUAUGUGCAGUUAAUGCACAAUGCAGUAAACUGUGGAUGAAGUAAGGUGGUCAUCACUGUUGGGCUUUCAACACUAAAGGUUCCUUUGUGUCCUGUGUUCUUGUCAGGAUAUUUGUAGAUACGCAGAGUAGAGGAAGGAUCCUGUUUUCGUUCCUCUGGUCAAAUGUUCGCAUUUAAAGCUACAAAUAAUUAUAAAAACUUGAUGGUGAUUCUUUUUUUUUUUUUUUGUAGAAAUCAACCAUCAGUUUUAUUGACACCAAAUUAACUGACUGCUGGAACGCUCUGCCAAAAAACCAAAACGUCCCCAUCACAUUAAGAACUGAUGUUUCUGCUUUGGUUUCAUCGAGAAGUGUUCGCACACUAAACUCAACCCUGUGAUGUUUCAGCCACUGUGCAAAGCAGAAAAGUAUAACUUGACUUCCCCACUAAACAUCCUAGAUAUAACAGUAUGUAGAGGUUUAGCCUGUACUGUGAUUAUUGCACCUAAAUGUGCUUUAACUGUCAUGGCCUCCGUGUCACCCACCCAUUCAGUGUUUCAACUCCUCCUCGGGUCUUGUAGCCUUUAAAGAGUAUGUACAAAAGGAAGAGAUUGUAAAUCAUUUUAUAGAAGCGUUAAUUUAAAUGUGUGGUUGCAGUUCAUUUACUGAAUGUCUUUUCCUUUCUAUGAAUAAGAAGAUGGAAACUGGUCUGCUUGCCCUGCUGCUGACAUAUUUUUUCCGGAUUUUUGUAAAGUUAUCUAAUGAGGCGUUCAGGGCAUGCAUUUAGCGAAUAUAUUUUACGUCUGUGAUGGAAAGGCUGUAAUCUUCCAAGCAGGCUAACUUCCUGCCUUUGCUUGUGUUGUUUGUGGUUGCAAUCGUAGCAGACAUCAGGACUAAAUAAAUUAUUUCUCUAA